AUGAGUUUUUUAUUUCCCCACUGUGUCGAUCCUCAUCAAGGUCGAAUGUACAUUCAAAUAGUUUUGCUUCUAUUAUCUCCAAUCUCAUUUGCUUAUCAUCCAAAUCCAACGCCAUGGUUUUGUACAGAUCCGACUGCUUUGGACUCAACCGUUGAAAUCUCACAAAAGCUACCAUCAUGUCUGCCAGGAUAUGUCAUUGACAUCGAAGAUGUCGUCUAUGAAUCGACUAUUGAUGGGAAAUGUUCAGGCAAAAGUUUAUGUAGUAUACAUAAUAAAAAUACUCUCUUAUUUGCAUGUAAUCAGAAACAAGUAUGUAGUGUAGAAAUACGACAUUUUCGUUUUCAUAUUAAUUCGACAUGCGGUUCAACCGUACGAUUUUUUACUAAAUAUCGUUGUUUACCUGUCAUACAUGAACAAAAAGACUUUCUCUGUGAAUCAUCUCUUCGACGACCGAAUGCCAUUGAUAUUAAAUUAUCCUGUCAAAGAUUUUAUCGUUUACACAUAACAUUAGCAUUGGUUGGCAUUAGUAUUAAGCAACAAGCCGAUGAAAAUCAACAACGUUUCAAAUGUAACAAAGAUACGUAUUGGCUCUGUAAUCAUUAUGUACCUGACGCUUAUCGAAGUGUAUGCAGCAGCCAAUUGAAUCGUGGCAUUGGAGAUUUUUGUGAAAUCAAAUCCUAUGAUCGACCGAGAUUAAAAGGAUGUCAAUAUGGAGAAAUGUCGAAUUUUUCAUUAGUCGAAUAUUCAUGUAUACCAGGCGAAGGUAUAACCGAAGAUCUUCCUCGAAUUGAUAUUUGUUCAGAUGGUUCAUUCGAACGAAUAACAGUCAACCAUGGUCUUCUUCAUUCUCCCAAUUAUCCUCAUCCAGUAGGAAAAUAUUUAUCAUGUAAAAAACAAAUACACAUUACACGCGAAUCGCGUCUGCGUUUAUUUAUGCUUGAGAAAUCGAUUGAAUAUUAUCAUGAAUUAAACAUUCGUCUACUAAACAAUGAACCAAACAUUCAACGAACAUUAGCAAAAAAUGAAUUACUCGAUACAAAUAUCACUAGUCAGCAGAGAAAUGAAAUUCUUGAAAUUGAAUUGAAAACAAACCAUGUCGGUGGUGGCAAUUUUUUACUUUAUUUUCAAGUCGAUUCUCGCAUCUCAGAAUAUGCACCGUUGGUUCUUGAAGCUGAUAGAAAAACAAAUGAUCAGGGUCGCCGACAAAACCUAUUGGUGAAACGCGAAUGGGGAAUUGUUAUUGGAGGUUUAAUCGGCCUUGUUUCUGUUGUUGCACUCAUUGUCAUCGUUCUGAUCAUUGUUCGAGUGUCAAAACGUCGCCGUGCUGCAUCGAUGAAAUAUUUGAAAAGUGAUGAUGAUCAUCGUCAACAUUUGAAUGCUUCGUCGACUGAUUAUCAUCAUCCGCAAAAACCUAUUCAAAUUGAACAUCCGCAUUUAUUAUCAUCAUCAACGAUAAUUCCAUCAUUACCCAGCAAUCAUCGAGUGAAUACUUCAUCAGGAAUCCAUGAUGGUCUGUCCGAUCGCGAAUCUCUCAUCAAACAACAAGGACAUUCUCAUGCGACAAAUCUAGGAACUAAUCCUUAUCUUGAACCGAAAUCUUUCGACGAUCGACGAAAGCUUUUCGAAGAUCACAGAUUAUCGCAACCAAUUCGAGAUCAUAACGAGACCGGUCAGCGUCUUCGUCGACCAGCACCAUUAGCAACACCGGAACAUGGCAAUCGUCGUUUGGGAAGUGUUUUUUGUGAUGCUCCGAUGGCUAGUACGGAAACUUUGGAUGUUGGAUUCAAUCAAGCGAGAAAUGAACAAAUGAAACGUCCAACUCAACCGCCACCUAAAAUUCCACCGCCACGUAUGGAUUUACAUCAUCCAAAACCAAGCGCACCACCUCUUGAUUUGGUACAUCAAGAACAUUUAAGUGAACACACACGUCCGAAUCCACAUUUACGCCAUAUUCAGCAUCACAACCAUCAUCUAGUUUAG